AUCGUUUAAUUUAAUUAGAUUAACUGACUCCUCCCCUUCAUAAUUUUUCUAAACACCACCACACACAAGUCAGUUAAGUCUAUCAUCAUGGCUUCUCCUUCAACGACUCUGAGUGUCUAUCCCCCGAUAUACAGACUAGGCAAAGUAGGGAAAGUACUCCGGGACUCUCUAAUGAAGGCCAUAAUCCGCGGGACGCCAGUUCUAAUGCAAAUACAGUCCUUCCGCUCUCCCUCAGUCACUACUUUCAUGAAAGGAGUCUCUUUCCUCGGAGAGGAAGAAUUCUACACUAUCCUGGUCCCCUUUGUCACGUGGACACUCAAUUUUAAAAUGGGAUGCCUACUUGCCAUUUUGAUGGGGCUUGGGUUUUGCGUGGGCGGGUUUCUGAAGAAUAUAUUGUGCUUGCCACGCCCUCCAUCUCCUCCCAUAGUACCGGCCGACCAUUGUCAUGACUGGAGUUUCCCAAGUCACCACGCGAUUCUCAACGUCACUAUCCCGUGGUACAUAUGGAUAUUCUGCUACACGCGUUUUAAUUGGUCACCGCUCGUCCUCGGGAUCGCAUUCAUGGGUGUGUCAUUCUGGUGUUUUAGCAUACUUUUCUCUCGACUUUAUUUGGGGGUUCACAGUCCGGCCGACAUAAUGGCAGGCGGAAUAAUAGGCUGCCUGUUACUGGUAGGUUACCUACUCGUGGACGAUGUGCUUUUUAAAGAUUUAAUGAGUUCGCUUCAGUUCUCGUUUCUGUGCGUUUUAUUCAUGUGUGCAUUCCUAGCAUUCUUCCCUGAUCCUUAUCCUCGGACUAUCAUCGUCUCAGAGACAGCUGGCAUGCUCUGUGUCUCAAUUGGCGUCAUAGUUGGGGUUUCUUUAAACCGUGCUCUAGGAUUGAAAGCUAAAGCUAGUUUCGAAGAGACCGACCCUCUAUACAUCACGGCUUGCCUGAGGUACUUUGUCGGAAUUGGUGUUGUCCUAUUCUGCAAAUUUAUGUUUGGGAUUGUGACCAAGUUUCUCGUUAGUAACUCGCUGACGCUACUCGGACUUCAGCAUCACUAUACCAGAAUAACCAGUGAUGUACUCCCACCUCUUGUACACUAUUCACCUGAUACUUUCGUCGUAUUAGACAAGCCUGGUGAAAAGCUGAAGAGUUCAAUUCUUCCUCUCAACAUUUAUCUCCCUGUAAAGAUCAUAGUCUACUUUUUAUGUGGGGCCUGCAUAUCUUCGGGAAUGUUCUUUCUAGUUCAUUUAUGUCAAUUUUAAACUAUCAGCACUGAAUCUCUUUCUCUUUCUCUCUCUUUUAGUCAAUAAAGUCCAAAGGACUAUGUACUGAA